GUUUCAGCAACCCUGGUCUAGAUCCAUAACAUCUCUGUUUCGUCGCACACUGAAUAGAACCAAAUUGAUAAAAUGGCGAGUUUGGCAACCAAGGGAUCAGGACUUGUAAACAGGCUCCUUACUCAGGCGAGGCCCCAACUGGACGUGUUCCUGAAGUACGCCAAGGUGGAGCUGACGCCCCCGACACCCGCUGAUAUCCCAGCCAUCCGCCAAGGACUCGGCAAUAUCAUCAAGGGAGCCAAGACCGGUGCCUACAAGAACCUCACCGUUCGGGAGGCCUGGCUUAACACCCUGGUGACUGCCGAGGUCAUCUUUUGGUUCUACAUUGGCGAGUGCAUCGGCAAACGCCACAUUGUGGGCUACAAUGUCUAAAUUUACUAUAGUCUCCGCUUGGAAGUCAUUGGAAUGGGAAACGUUAUCUUAAAGCAGAUGUGUAAUAUAUUUGUAUGUCUGCGAACAUUUCGAUUAUGAAUAAAGUGAAAUAGUAACAUAAAAUUACGAAAAUUUUCGAAAAACGAAAA